CGCACAGCCGGCCCGCGGGGGGGCGGGCGGCAGCGGGAACGAGAACGGGGACGAGAGCGGCGGCGGCGGCGCGGCCCGGAGGAUGCCCGGGCUGGUGGUGUUCGGCAGGCGCUGGGCCAUCGGCAGCGACGACUUCGUCCUCCCGGGGGCCUUUGAGCUCUUCGUCAGGCUGGUGUGGUGGAUUGGAAUUCUUGCUCUUUACACAGUGCAUAAGGGGCAGUUUAACUGUCCCGGUGGAGGAUUACUGCACAGCUACUUGCUUGUCCUCCUCGUUCUCUUGGCUUCUAUAAUAUGUGUCUUGUCUGCUCUUGUAUACAUCAGUAUGCAAGGAACAAUUUCUAAUCCGGGCCCAAGAAAAUCACUUCCCAAGCUACUUUAUACUCGCCUACUUCUCUAUUUGCCUGAAUUCAUCUGGGCUGUCGUAGGAGCUGUGUGGGUGUCAGACAGCAGUGUGCGCUGCGAGAAGACUGUGAUAAAUGUCAUCAUUGGGACAGUUAUUGCAAGCUGGGUUAUCAUCAUCUUUACCAUCAUUGGAGUUGUAAUCGUCUUUGAUCCUCUUGGGGGGAAAAAGACGUUUUACCUCACCGAUAGUGUGAAUCGGAACCUGGAAAGCAGUCAGUCAGGGCAGUUGCUAUAUAAUGUGAAGAACACUGCCACCAGAGUCUGGGAAAAAAGAAUCCGGUUACUGUGUUGUUGUAUUGUGCAAGAUGAUGAUCAUCGAGUGGCUUUUACAAGUAUUGCAGAGCUUUUCCGCAACUACUUUUCAGACACUGAUCUGGUGCCAAGUGACAUAGCAGCUGGUUUGACUCUGCUCCAUCAAGAGCAAGACAAAAUGGAAAGUUGCCCCAAAGAGCCUGAAGAAGUCCUGUGUCAUUCUCCACCAUCUCUUGUGACAGAUGAUUUGGAUAUUGAACUGGAGAAUGCUGCUCACUACAUGCUGUUUGCUGCAGCUGCUUAUGGAUGGCCCUACUACGUAUACACCAACCCAUUUACUGCACUCUGUAAGCUCAAUGGCGACUGUUGCGGAAAUAGACCAACAGAUUCUGAUAUAACUGGCAGUGAUCGUCAUAACUUUCACUUUGGAUCCAUCCUAAAAAUAACAGGACUGCAGUACAGAGACUUCAUUCAUAUCAGUUUUCAUAACAAGAUCUAUGAGAUUCCUUUUUUCGUUGCUUUGGAUCACAAAAAAGAAGCUAUUGUGGUUGCAGUGAGAGGAACCUUGUCUUUUGAGGACAUUCUCACUGAUCUGUCAGCAGAUUGUGAAGACUUGACACUGGAGGAUGUUCUCGAGAAUGGCUUUGUGCAUAAGGGAAUAACUCAAGCUGCAAAUUACAUCUAUCAAAAGCUAAUAAAUGACGGAAUUUUAAACCAGGCUUUCACAAUUGCUCCAGAAUAUAAACUUGUGGUAGUUGGUCACAGUUUGGGUGGUGGAACAGCUUCUAUAUUGGCGAUCAUGCUCAGGAACUCUUUCCCAACAUUAAGAUGUUAUGCCUUUUCUCCUCCAGGAGGACUGCUAAGCAAAUCACUUGCAGAUUAUACUAAGCACUUCAUUGUUUCAGUCAUUGUUGGAAAGGACCUUGUUGCAAGGCUAAGUAUGCCCAACAUGGAGGAUUUAAAGAGGAGAAUAGUGAGAAUUGUGGCAAACUGCAACAGACCCAAGUACCAGAUUUUGCUGCGUGGGUGUUGGUACGAAGUAUUUGGAGGAGAUCCGGAUAACUUCCCAACGGAGCUGGAUGGCAGAAACCAAGAUGCCCUUACCCAGCCACUGCUGGCUGAGGAGAGUUUAAUGGUUCAUCGGUCACCUUCGUACAGUACCCUUGAGGAUGAAUCACACUUAAAUUCACCACCUCAAUAUCCUCAUCUGUAUCUUCCUGGAAAGAUUAUCCAUGUUGUAGAAGAAUCCAGCUCCAGGAGGUGGUGCUCUUCAGAUAUUAAAUAUAUGGCAAGAUGGUCAAACGAAACAGUCUUCAGCAGCAUUUUAAUAAGUCCCAAGAUGAUAACAGACCACAUGCCAGAUGUUGUGCUCAAGGCUCUGGACAGUUUGUCUCAGGAACGUGGACUGUGUAUUUCCUGUCAAACACGAGAAUGUCACACCAAUGUGGUAUAACCACAGCUCAAAGCUGAGGUGUGGGGGUUUUUUUAUUGCAGGUUUAAAGUAUUCAGGACAUGUUCCACUUAGGUAAGAAAGUGGAUUUCAGUACUUUUCUCACAUUGCAUAAAAUAAACAAGGGUCUUAAUGCCCUUGCAUCUGCAGUGACCUCAUGCUGAUUAAAGCACAGAUUCUGCAUUUAUGCUGAAGGUUGAGCUUUCACAAAAUGGAACAGCCUGCAGCCUUCCAGCUAAGCCUGUGUAAGCUGGUACACCAGAGCUGAGGCGCCAACCGAAUACUUGCCCAAAGCAGGGGUGUGCAUGAGGAUGGCUUGGCUGAUGCAUUACAGCAGAGCCCUGUCAGACCUUAAAAAAAUUACAAUCCAGUUCUGCUUCAGUCACUUCACGCCAUUGUCUGAGCAGCCUGUGCCUGACCUCGGCACAGCCCGGCAGGUGCGGUGUGAGCGGAGCGCCGGGAGCGUGACAUGGCCUGAGAGGCUGGAGGGGUGAGUGCACCAGGGUGCGGCAGGAGGAGCGCGGGCCCCAUGCAGGCCCCUAAGUGGGUGGGUCUGAUUGAGUUCUGAUUGAUUGCACUAUUUUUCUUACAGAGGGUGGUAGUUGGGGGGGGGUUGGGGGGAGGGCAGGGGGAGUGUUGUGGAUAAAUGCUGCUAGGAUAUACAUGUGCAAUAUUCUUUAAUCUACCUGUCUUUAUAUUUGUUGAUCCACAUGACUACUUUUACUGAUUUUAAACUAAACUGAAACUACUUAAUGAGAAGAAAAAAAAUUACUUUGUUCAUGCCCUGGCAUCGCCUUAUUCACAAGCUCUAACUACCAUGAGUACUGAUCUAAUUGUCCCAAAAUUAUUUAACCAGUUUUACUGAUUUUUAAAAAAAUGGAUUCCUUGUUUCUAGUGUGCAGCUAUUUUGGCCGUUUUUUUUGAAAGCUCAGCAGCAUUUCUUAUUAAAAAAAAAUUGAUAGAAAUACAUAAAAGUACUAUGAUAUAGUUGAGAAUAACUGUGUGGAUGUUCCUGCUGUGAUACUUAAUAUGGAAACAAAAUAAAAUGCACUCUAAAAAACCUGUCUUUAUUAUUCUCAGGCAUGCUGGGUGUGACAAAACUCAGCGGUUUGUAGCUGUUCAAAGGGCCAGCGGCUGUGCACCCCUGGUGAAGGCCCAGCACCAGCUCCCUCCCUGAGGCAGCAGCAGGGAGUCACCCACCCUGUCCUGCAGCUCCCCCGGAGCUAACCUCUAUAGCAUGCCUCUACCUUUAAAAGGCUAAAACCAGAGACAUUUAAUCCCAUACUUCAACCGAGCCAUCACCUUACAAGCAGUUAAAGGAAGGAGUUUUAGAGGAAAAUAUAACAUUGUGAAACAGGUUUUUUUCCCUGGUUGGCAGCAGCUUUAAAGCAUUGUAUCAGCUAGUAACAACUCUAAUGCAAGGCCUCUGGAGAAACGUUGCCAAAAGUACCAUAUUUAAUUGUGGUUCUUAACAUGAAGGCAUCACUGAAAGCAGCUGGGGUUAGCACACAUGGCCCAAGGAGAGCCCUACACCACCAUGCUGUUGGUACCAGAAGAAGAUUGAGGGUGGUACAAGAAUGAGAACACUUGCUCAGAAACUCAAACAUUACCACACAUGUGAUUCAAGGAUUUAUUAAGUCAUACAUGCAAAACAUACUGCUAAUUGCAUUAGCAAAAGAUCAAUGUAAAAACUUCACAAUUUUGCAACUUUUACUUUUAAAUUUUGCUUUAGUGGUUGAAAGGGUGUAGUUCAACACUGUAUUCCUGCCAGUUUAGAAUGUACAGAACAUUAGCACAAAUUUACGGAACCUCACAGACCCAAGUUACCAUUACUCAAUCUAUGCUGCACGUGUACAUGGAGUGACAAACAACACUUGUCUGCGUUAGUAAUGUUACAGUGGUGAGGAGAUCUGGCAAAUAGUGAUAGUAUAAAGGUUUAAAAUACAAAAAUUACUAAAUGUGUAAAGCUGCUUCACAUGAUUUUUACACCUAGUUAAUAGACUAAAAGCUCCUCAGAAAGCAUAUAACUUAUUGGGUCUGAAAAAAACAGGAAAUGAGGAUAUGCCUUAACAUUCUACUCUACAAAAAAAAAAAGCAAUUUUCUAUCAUCUGAAAGGUUUUAAAAUACGAGUUAUAUUGCUCAGUAAAAAGAGAUUCUACAAGAAAAGCAUUUAC